UCACAAAGUGUUGGAAUCUAUUGCCUUUGUCUGACAAGUCAUCCAUCUCUAUGCGAGGGGAUCUGUGGGAUGGAGGUAGGAGGGAGGGAGGGAGGGAGGGAGUGAGGGAGGAGGAGGAGGAGGUGGGGGCGAAUCUGUGGGACUGCAGCUUUUAGAAACAGACACACAAGGAGAGGGGUUUCAUUCUCAGCCCAAAGCUUCGCUCAGGCACAGCCCAUUCCGGAGGAGAGGGGGACGCACUGCUCUGUACCUCGCCGUGUCCAUGUUGUUGUCAUCUCCGCCCCUAUCUGAUUAAAAGCGCCACAGAGCCCCGCGGUCCUCGCAGCGCCGUCAGAGGAGAAGGAUUUUUUUUUUCUUUUUUUUUUUCUUCUUCUUCUUCUUCCCUGUGUUUCCCCGGCCGCAGACUCCCAGAGCGGACCCCAGUGUGGACACUCAGCUGCUGCCUUUGUUUUCCUCAUGAUGUCCUUUAAACACAAACAGUGACCCGGUUUGAGUUCCACGUCGCUGCGGCUGGUGCGCUCUGCACACGCGUGGGUCAUGCUCCGCACCUGACAGUCCCUGUGAGUUUAGACCUGAGCAGGAGGGAGAGAAAAAAAAACCAAAAAAAAAACAACAACUUAGCAUCGCCCCCCAAGAGAAGUUGUCGACUCGCUGCAGCCUGCGGACUCACACGGACUGUUUGACAGCAGAACAUAAACCCGUGUCUUUUGUACAUUUUUUUUUUUACCCCUUAAAAGCUGCACCACAGAGGCGAAACGGCGACCUCAGUCGAUUACCUUUCUUUCCUUUGCUAUCCCAUGGAUAUUCACUGCAAAGCAGACCCCUUCUCGGCGAUGCACCGGCACGGCGGUGUGAAUCAGCUCGGCGGGGUGUUUGUGAACGGCAGACCCCUCCCGGACGUGGUGAGGCAGCGGAUCGUGGAGCUGGCCCACCAGGGCGUCCGGCCCUGCGACAUCUCCAGACAGCUACGGGUCAGUCACGGCUGUGUCAGCAAAAUCCUCGGCAGGUACUAUGAAACCGGCAGUAUUAAACCCGGAGUCAUUGGUGGCUCCAAACCAAAGGUUGCAACUCCGAAAGUGGUGGAUAAAAUUGCAGAAUAUAAGCGCCAGAAUCCAACCAUGUUCGCCUGGGAGAUAAGGGACCGACUACUGGCCGAGGGCGUCUGCGACAACGACACCGUCCCCAGCGUCUCGUCCAUCAACAGGAUUAUCCGCACCAAAGUCCAGCAGCCAUUCCACCCGUCCCCCGACGGAUCCGUAACGCCGCUCUCCACGCCCGGCCACACCAUAGUGCCCAGCACAGCCUCGCCCCCUGUGACCAGCGCCUCCAACGAUCCCGUAGGAUCCUACUCCAUCAACGGCAUUCUGGGUAUCCCCCGCUCCAACGGCGAGAAGAGGAAACGAGACGAUGUUCUCUGGAGUGGCAACCACUUGGAUGGAAGGAAAAUAGGACAUUAUGGCUCUGAUGGCUCAGGCCCCGGCAGCGACUCUCAGGGCAGCGUGGAGAGUUUAAGGAAGCACCUGCGAGCAGACGCCUUCACCCAGCAGCAGCUGGAGGCCCUGGACCGUGUGUUUGAACGUCCUUCCUACCCCGAUGUCUUCCCCACUUCAGAACACAUCAAACCCGAACAGGCGAAUGAGUACUCGCUCCCACCCCUGAACCCCGGCCUGGAAGACGUGAAGCCGAGCCUGUCCACCAGCGCCAGCUCCGACCUCGCCUCCAGCGUCUCCCAGAGCUACUCUGUUGUGACAGACUCUCACCCGUCAUAUCCACCCUCCAUGUGUGUAAAGCGUGAGCCCCAUGAGGCAUCCUUUGCCCCCUUCACCCCCUCCUCUGUUGGGGACUCUGCUCUAGCUGACAUCUUGCCCCACCAGUCCAGCCUCUCUGUAGAUGCCUCUACUCCCAGCUACCCUGCCCAUGCCCAUGGCCCCUGCUACAGCCAGUAUGCCAGCCAGCCCUUUAUAGCAGGUCGAGACAUGGCCAGCACCACCUUACCUGGCUACCCGCCUCAUGUGCCCCCCACAGGGCAAGGUAGCUACCCCACCUCCACGCUCGCUGGAAUGGUUCCUGGAGGGGACUUUUCCGGAAACCCGUACUCUCAUCCACAAUACACCACUUACAACGAAGCAUGGCGGUUCAGCAAUCCAGCGUUACUAAUGCCGCAUCCCGUGGCUCCGCGCCUCCCACUGCUGCCACUGCCUACGACCGCCACUAGUUACCAUGGAGACCAGCUCAAACUGCAGGGCCAUGGCUUCGGCCUCCAUAUUGUCCCCGUCUGAGAAACUCUGAGGUCAAAGGGAAGCGAGGUGGAAUCCUAAAGGAAAAGCCCGUGAUGUUACGUGACGUGGAGGAAGGAUUGGCGAGGUCGUCGCCGGCGCACCUAGCCCAGCUGCGGCGUCACACACUUUGGGGUCUAAAAAAAAAAAAAAAACAAAAGGGCCCGCUGGGCGUUCAGAACUCACCCAUCAUGCCCUCAAUCUCUCACAGGCCUGAACAUUUCCAGAAUGACUUUUAAGAGAUUAUAUAAAUAUAUAUAUUAUAAAAUAUAAAUUGAAGAAAAACAGUGUGAAGAAUUCCAUGUGGAAAAAAAAAUGUUGUGGGUUUUUAUUUUUGGUUUCUUCGUUGCUGUUGUUGUUGUUGUUAUUUUAUUCAUGGAUCCUCACAUUCCUUUUACGUGACGAACUGCAGUAUUUUUCUGCUCUAACGAGAGAAGUCCAGGGGAGGCGACAAUGGCUUGAUGGUGCAGCGACUUUGAAGCAGUGCUGUGGGGCCUCUCAGCGAGACUCCACGCUGUAGGGCGGGGCUUUACUCUGGUGCUUUGGCUACGUCUUCUGCUCCCAUGUCUCCAGUCCCACCCACAUCAUCAGACACGCGCAGCAUGUCCCACAACGUUUACUGACCCUAUAGACCAGCGGCAACAUCACACUCCCUGUGGCAAACAAUCAGAUGUAAAAAUAACCGGUAAUCCCCACGGAGAACGGCGUACAGACCUCCAGCGUGAAGCGGUCUCUCUUUCAAACUGAAGUCCUUGGCAACAAUCAAAGAUACUGUCCUGUUUGCUGUUAGUAGAUGUUGUGAUCAUUAUGUUAACCCAAAUUACAGUCAUCCGUGCCUCCAUGUAUAGAUCCACCCGUCUGCCCCCCCCCCCGCUCUUUACGAUGAAGUUUACUUUGACUCUACACAAGCAAAACGCGUCAUCUGGUACCAGGGUUAACUGUCAGAUAACAGAGAACACAGACCGCGGUCCUGCUCUCCGGGAGAAGCUAUCCUCUACAAAUUGCACUUGGGAUUUGCCUAUUUCCGUCUACACGUAGCUAUCUGAAAACGAAACGCUGGCACACGUGGACUGCAAGCCAACCGUCAUUCGGGCUCGAGCACCUGUGAAGGAAUGGGUCUUCUGCUGUUGUAAAGAUGAUACAGGAUGUGUGUCAUGGACAUAAAAAGGGUUUCUGAUGAAAAUCUAUACGGAAAGCCUUGUGGCCUCAAUCAUUGUUCUGUUUCAGUUCUGUUCCAAUUCUUUUUGUGCACAUGAGAAAUAAAUUCUUUUAUAUGUCA